AUGUUUUCACCGGAUAUGGAUCUGAUCAAGGCUCUCAGAAUUUGUAGGAGUGAUGUUCAUCACUUCAAGAACAUGCGAGUUGCAAAUUUCAUAGUGAAAAAACCAAUGGUAAUCGGACAUGAAUGUGCUGGAAUCAUCAAAGAAAUCGGGCACAACGUGAAAAGUUUAGCAGUGUGUGAUCGAGUAGCCCUGGAGCCUGGUAUCAGUUGCCAAAGUUGUAAUCCUUGUAAUAAUGGAAGCUACAAUUUAUGCAAAAAGAUGAAGUUCUUCGGUUCUCCCCCAACCAACAACGCUUUUGCAAAUCAGAUAAAAACUCUCCUAGAAUUCCCAGUAAAUUGA